UCACCUGCUCACUUUUCCGCAGCGCUCCGUACCGUCCGGUACAGAUCGUCGUGCGCGUAUGUGUCCGACGAGGAGACGACCCAGUACUGGAGUGCAGCAGGAGGGGAGUCAUGGCUACGUUUCAUGGCGUUGUGCGUCAGGUCUUGCAGGAGUUUGAGGAGAGGCAGAAGGCGCUCAACGCCCGGGCACUGCCGCUCCCACCACCAUCGCCACCAGCAGCAACCUUCGCCAGCAGCGGCGGCGGCGAAGAAGAAGAAGGCCGACCGUGGCAGCCUGAGCCACCUUACGAGAACGACGCGGUUGCUGCGGAACACGAACUACAACAGCAGCAGCCGCAGCAGCGUGUGGACCAGGCGCAGUGCAGUAUGGAUCAGCAACCGGUUACGGUUAUGGGACAGCAGACGCUCAUGGAGCAACAUGCCCUUAUGGACGCUGGAGCGAACACGGAUCAGCAGGGGCUCAGUAUGGACCUGCAAACAUGCAUGCCUACACUUGACCAGCAACGAACAGGUCUAGAGGAGCAGAUGGUAAUGAAUCCGCAACCGUUUAUGGAUGAACAUGCGUGUAUUGGCACUAUGGAGUUUCAGAACCCAACCAGGUCCGUACCGCCGCCUCACCCUAUCGACGUAGACCAUCAACAACUACAGGUACACGGUGAGCAGGUUGGUGGGAGCGGUGUGGUCCAUGCUUCUGGCAGCAGUGCUAAUACUGGUGCAGCGUAUCAUCAGAAUUCACAAUUCCCCCAGUGGUGCAGCACGCCCGAAGCGGAACGUAAGCCUCCGCGGCCACCGCCACCUCUACCUCCGCGUGAUUACAAACGGGACAUGGUGCAUGGCUGUUUUGCUGCUGGCCUGAACACCCUACGGCACGCGCCGCUAAUGACGGUACAGGUGCCACUACAGGAUAUCAGUGUGGAGAGUGUGGAGGCUUGCGAAGAGUCGAAACUGUGGGAGCAUCUGCCGUGCCUGGGAGAGGAGAGAGGCAAGUUUCUGCUGCGCGUGAUACGCCUGAAUCGUCAGCGUGGCCGUGACUACGUGCUGCGUAUACUGGUGGUGGGCAAGACGGGAGAAGGCAAGUCCACGCUGAUCAACACGCUACUCGGCCGAAACGUAGCCACAGUCCGAGAGGACUGCAUCGACCCAGUGCAGCACAGUGUUGAGCCGAUUGAAACCGAGUUCAACUCCAUCAAAGUCAAAGUCUGGGACACACAGGGCGCUCAGGACGGCAACGACCUAGAGGAGGAAACGUUCGCCCGAGUCAAGGAGAGCAUAGACCGGCACAAGCAGCCCGGAGAGACUCUCGGCAUUGACGUUGUUCUAGUCUGUAUGUCGCUGAUCAAUACCCGCUUCACGUACGACACCAAAGAAACGCUGCGUAUCAUAACCAAUGCCCUCGGCGAGGAGGUGUGGAAGUUUGCGAUUCUCACCCUCACCAUGGCCAACAUACUUGCCAUGUCUCCCCUGCAAGAGCGACACAUCCAACUGUCUUACCACGAGUACAUCCGCGAAUUCAGUCGCAUGGUACUGGAGUCCAUCAUGGAGCUGGGAGUGCCCAGGGACGUUGUAGGCGACAUCAAGGUUGUGGCGGUCGGUCGGUUUGAUGCGGCUCGACCGCAGAGCCGAUGCCUGCCUGGCUGCAAUGACUGGCCGUCGUACUUCUGGUGCGCGUGUGCAGAUCGUGUGCAGUCGCCGGAAGGCCGCGGUGCCCUGGCUAUUGCCAAUGAAGAGCGCCUGUACUUUGGCACCGCUGUGUCAGGGAGCCAAACCAACAUCAAUAGUACUACUGGCGGUGCACCACCGAUCCACGUGCAGCAAACGACGGAAGGCAACAGCUUUCUCCUAGCGCUGAUCACUGAUGUCAUGCCGCUGCUAAAGGUACUUGCUCAGUCGCCGGAUACGGUGGAGCAACAGGAGGCGCUGCAAGAUGGCCGUCGCAAGGCAUCCAAUCUGCUCGCCUGCUUGCGCCACGUAAUGGGCGCGUUGGACGCUUUCGCCCCGCAGACUAUGUCCGUUCCGCCGCAUCAACCCAUGUCCUUCCACACUAACACUCGUAUGACUUGUUGAGUCGUGCGGAAAUCAACUUUAUUCUUUCCAAAGCGCCCUGCUCUCUUGAUGGAGAUUUCUGCUAUCUUCUUUCUUUUUAAAUUCCAAUUUUCAAAAAAGAGCGGAAACUUAUAAUUUUAUUUGAGUCGGUUACACAGGAUCUGCACAGGAUCUGCAUGUUUUGAAAGCAGUUCUAUUGGUCGGUUUGAGUUUCUAUUUCGGCGAAUGACGCACACCGUG